GUACUGCGAAUAAGGAUAAAUGCCUGUUUGUGUUUGGCCGGUUAUUCCCCCUGUCUAGACGUGGAAUAUUUCUCGUUUGAUGAUGUAGCAAAGCAAACAAUUAAUCAAUUGUAAGACGCCACGGAAGAGAUACUCAAGCACGAAGCACACACAAUGGAAGAAUCGGACGAGCAAGACUGUUUCCUUGAAAGAGGCUACCAGACUAUUCUGGCGGAGCAGGCCUUUGAAAGUAACAAAAUUUUAUUCCUGCCAACGGGUAGUGGGAAAACUUUUAUCGCUAUAUUGGUCUUGAAAAGAAAGUUCCCCUUGUUGGAACCGCCUUUUUCUAGAGGGGGCAAAAGAGCAGUUUUUCUUGUUAACACGGUUGCUCUUGUUGAACAGCAAGCUGAAGUCCUGAAAAGGCAUCUACUAAUUUCUGAAGUAGGACAAUAUUCUGGUGAUAUGAACGUUGAUUUUUGGAACAGGGCCACAUGGCAUGAUGAAUUUGAAAGAUUUCAGGUGAUGGUCAUGACAGCUGAAAUAUUGAAUCAACUGCUCUUAAAAAAAUAUAUAUCUCUCUCAGAUUUAGCCAUUAUGAUUCUUGAUGAGUGCCACCAUGCUGUCGAGGAUCACCCAAUGCGACAAAUAAUGAGAUUGUUUGAGGAUUGCCCUAAAAGCCAGCAACCAAGGGUGAUUGGCCUCACAGCAACACUUUUAAAUGGUACACCCAAAUCAGUUUAUAGAGUGCAAGAGGAUGUAAAGAAGCUUGAAAUAACUCUGCAUUCUACUGUAGCAACUGUUGAUUCAUGGGAUAUUGUGAAGCAAUUUUCAACAAAGCCCAGGGAACAAUAUAUUACUUUCCAAGACUACUGCGGUGCUCAACAAACAGCAUUCAUUCAUCAAAAAAUUGAUGAACUUUUUAUUUUAUGUAAAGAGUUUAAAUUUGUUACUGAAAAUAAUCUUCUAAAUGCCGCUAAGUUUGAAGAAGGGUUUGUCCCAAUGAUGUCCGGCAAGAAAAAUGAAGUGUCUAAUCUUCUCAUUCAAGUUUCAAAACAGCUUAAUUGGCUGGGGCCCUUUGGCUGCUUGAGAACAAUCCAAGCUGUCUUUGUUACUUUAAGACUCAUGCAACAGAAGAUGGCGAAUAAAAGUAGUCACAUUAUGAUUCAUUCUCUAUAUUGUGACCUUUUUGCACUGAGCCGACAACUUUUCAAAGUUAUGGAUAUCAGAGAGUCUAUGAUAGAGAGUGGUAAAGCUUACCAUUUCUCAUCCCCUAAAGUAAAAGCACUGAUUCGUUUAUUGGAAACUCAUAACAAUGAGUGCAACUCUCAACCAGAAAGUAAAAGAGAGCCAUUGCAGGCUCUGAUCUUUGUUGAAGAGAAGAUGACAGCUAAAGUGUUGAGCAGUGUUUUGAAAAAUGUAGCUAAAGAAAAUGAGAGGUAUGCCUUCAUAAAGGCUGCUUACAUUGUUGGGGGCUCUUCUAACCCAUUUUCUGAAACAUGGGAAGGUGCUUACAAUAAGCAUACUAAUGAUAAAAUUAUAACAAGAUUUCGAGAAAAGAUCACAAAUGUUCUGGUCUCAACUGAUGUUUUAGAAGAGGGUAUUGACAUUCCCAACUGCAAUUUGGUUGUGAGAUUUGAUAUAGCUAAAGGCGUCAGAUCCUACAUCCAAAGUAAAGGCCGGGCUCGGCACAGUACUAGUUUAUUCGCACUGAUGGUUUCAAGCAACGACCGCAGCAGAUAUAUUGAAAAAAUCAACUUUUUUUGUGAAAUUCAGGCUGAGCUAGAAAACUUUUUAGUGGGUCACACAUCAGAGAGAACAUCACCAUCAGAGCUUGAGCUUGAGUGUCUGUAUGAAGCAUCCAUAGAACCAUAUUACACCCCUGUGGGAUCCAAAGUGACAAUGACAUCUGCCAUCCAAUUAGUGAAUGGGUACUGUAUGUUCCUAGCUCAUGAUCGGUUUUGCAAAGUGUUUCCUAGUUGGCAAAAGAAGAAAAUGGGCAUACGAGAAAUUGUUGCAAUAAGAUUACCCAGACUAUCACCUCUCCAAGAUUUAGUAAAGGGAAGACCAAUGGAGAAUCUUCGAAUAGCCAAAAGAGCAGCUGCUCUUGAAAUGUGUAAACGGCUUCAUCAAAUUGGAGAGUUAAAUGAUUACCUAUUACCAAAUGAGAAAUUUCUUGCUGAGGCUGAUUUGAAGUUGCUCCUGCCUCUGUGGCAAGAGGAAGGAUCAGAUUCAGAGGCUAAACCUGGGACAGCAAAGCGAAUGCGAAGUUAUCCUUUGCAUAUUCCUGAUUGCUUCCAAGAUUGUGCUCCUGCCCCUGGACUUGUAUAUUUACACCACAUUGAAAUUAAUCCUGUAUAUGCUAAACCAAACAAAGGCAGAAAGUCAGUGAUUUAUGAAACCUUUGCUCUGAAGAGAAAUUUUGCAAUAAUUUCAUCUAAACCUUUUGGCAAUGUCUGUCAAUUUCCUGUAUUUUCCAAGUUUGGCGAAAUUAAUGUCAGUGUCUCAGCACACAAGGUAGUCCUGAUUACAAAGGACGAGUACAAAGAUAUUGCUCAGUUUCACUGGAAUCUCUUCACUUCUAUUAUUCCAAUGGCCAAAAAUUAUUUGGUCUACUCAAAAGAGUCUUACUUGCUUGCCCCUACUAUAUUGGAUGCAAAUGGAGAAUUUGUUUUGGAUUGGAGUUCAUUGAAGUCAGCCAUCCACCAGAGAAGUCGUUCUUCAAAUAUCCCGGCUCUCAAUACUGUGAUAAUUCCUACACAUCGGGGAUCAUCUUAUGUAAACGAGGCAUACUUUAUUACUCGAAUCUGCUCUGAAUUAAAUGGGCAUAGCCCAUUUCCUAAUGUAUCUUACUCAUCAUACUCUGACUACUAUUAUAAUAGACACAGAUUUACAAUAAGCAAGCCUGAACUGCCUUUAUUAGAGGCUCAACCCAUCAGUGUAAUUUCAAAUGACCUCAUUCCAAGGACCAAGACUUCAAAGGUGGAUGAUGAAAACAUUUCACAUUUUCCAAUGGAAUCCUGCAAGGUACUGUGUGCAGAUGGAUGCCUAUUACUGAAGGCGUCUUUGCUGCCAUCCAUCCUUCACCGUUUAGAGCGGUUUUUGGUAGCUGAUAAUCUACGAGUAAAAAUUGCUCAAGGAAUCGGACUGAAGGAUGAAUCCUUGUACAAGGAAUGCAGUGUUUGGGUAGGAUUAUCAGGCUACAUUGACAAGUCUGAAAGUUCAAAAGUCACUUCACCCAAAUCCGCUGUGUCUUUUGUGAAAGACAGCCCCCCUAGUAAAAAGACAAAGCUAUCUUGUGGGAAGCCAUGGAGCCACCUUGAGGAGCCUACAAAUGUGGAACAUGAUUUUGAGAAUAUUACGGUAGAAGAUAUUGAUAGGUAUGGAAAGUUUGUUCAGACCAAACUCUCUGUUAGGAAAUCCCCUCACCAAAUUAGUGAUGACACUUGGAAAAUACCUCAUCUACAUGCUGGUGAAGGUACUAUCAACUUAUUGAGAGGUUCAUCAGACAUUCCUCAUCCUUGCCAUAUUCUUGAGGCAAUGACAGCUGCCUCUGCUAACGACUUCUGGAAUCUUGAAAGAUUGGAGACUCUUGGAGAUUCUUUUCUUAAAUUUGUUGUCUCCUUUGUCCUGUACAAUCGUUUCCCUGACUUACCUGAAGGGAAACUGACUCAAGUUAAGGGUCAAAUUCUGGGAAACCGAAACCUGUAUUACUGUGCUAAAAAUAAGAAACUUGCAUCGUAUUUGAAGGUACAAAAAGUGGUUCCCAGUGAGGGAUGGAUUCCACCAUCUUUUUCUAUUCCUGAGGAGAUUUUGGAGGAAAAUCUGAUGGCCUUGGUGCGACGUCUCGACCUUUCUCAAGAAGAACAAUAUGUUGGAGUUGUGAAACAAUCCUCAAUAGAGGCCUUAAAGGAAAAAGCCAUCUCUCAGAAUAUACCACUGACUCCAAUGGACCUCAACCAUCAUGUAAUUUCUGACAAAACCGUAGCUGACUGUGUGGAGUCCCUGAUUGGAGCACAUUUGCAGGAGUGCGGUCCUAUCAUAGCUAUUGAGUUUUUGGAAUACAUGAUGGUGGUGCCAAAAGGAUCAAAGGAACUUCUGCUACCUACAUUUCCAUCGAAGCCAGGAGGUCUAGUAGGACAGCCCUCACAUCUAGCAAACCUUAAGGCAUUGCAAGACCUAUUGGGAUAUAAGUUUAAUAAUAUUAAUCUACUUGUUGAGGCCCUUACUCAUGCUUCAACUCCCUCAGCAUCGAGUACUUAUGAGCGCCUGGAAUUUGUAGGAGAUGCUGUCAUUGAUUUUUUAGUGACUGCUUAUAUCUAUGAAAACUGUGGUAAGCUAAGCCCUGGAGAUUUGACUGACUUACGCUCCGCACUUGUAAACAACAUCACCUUUGCAUGUUUGAGUGUAAGGUAUGGGUUUUACAAGUAUAUGAUUCAUGGUUCUCCUGCACUGAUGGAUACCAUGGAUAGAUUCCUUAGAUAUCAAAUAGGAAGGCAGCAUAUUGUUGAUGAAGAGGUAUUGAUUUUGUUGGAGGAAUCCGAAUGUAGAAUAGCGGAAACUGUAGAGGUACCUAAGGCAUUAGGAGAUGUCUUUGAGGCACUGAUUGGAGCUAUUUUUGUUGACUGUGGAAAAAAGUUUGCUCUUGUUUGGCAAAUCAUUUAUCGAUUGAUGAAAAAUGAAAUUUGUGCUUUUAGCCAAAAGGUUCCAAAACAAGUUGUGCGAAGAUUAUAUGAAACUGUUGGCCAGCACAAUAUCUCUUUCAGGAAUUCUGAAUCUGCACCAGAGAUACAUUUGGAGCAAGUUCACAUUGUUCUUACAGUAACAAUUGGUUCUGAACAGCAAUCAUUUAAUGGCUUUGGAUCAAAUAAAAGCCAGGCCAAAAAGUCUGCAGCGAAACUAGCACUGCGCCAUGUGAGGGCUGAAUAGGCUUUCCAAGCAAUUUUCUCUUUUAACCUUUUGUUUAGUUUUAAGAAGUGAUAUAAUUUUUCUACAUUGCAAUUUUAAAUGAUAUUUGAAAAUUGAACUCUAUUGUUAUCGUUAAAAAUUCUAUUCCUGGGGGAUGUAUAUGAAAUACUAUUAUACUUAUAAUGCAACAUAUUUAAUCCUGAAUGUUAAGCUUCCAUUUUACAGUAGUUUCUUGUUAUUGUAUUGAAUAAAUAUUUUUUACUGUGCGUUCAA